CUGCGUAUAAAAGAAUUUUAUUUAAAUUAACGACGCUAGUUGUGAUCUUUUCAAAUAGGCGCGAUUAAUAAAUUACACCCGCGCGAGAUGAAACGCGAAGUGAUCCUUUACGGGGUCCUUUUGAUUGCGGCCCUCUUACAAAUCGCUCUCGCGGCUCCCAAACCCACCAAUGUAGAGUUGUUGGAAAGGGGUAUCGCAGAAUAUCUGAAGCAGGACAAAGAACUCAUAAAAGAAUUGGGGCAAAUCGGGCUCGUUGGUCCGUAUCGUCAGGGUACAGUUUUCGAACGACUGAAGAGGCAGGCGGAAUUCGACAUCAACGAGCAGGAUUUUGAGGAGGGCGAUCAACAGAAACCUGGGUUUUUCGACAGGGCUGCCAAAUUCGUGGUCGAUCUGCUCCAGAGAUUUCUCAAGUGGAUUAAUACGGAUGGCAAUUAAGAACAGCAUCAAGGCCGCUAUCGCCGGCGCCGCAGCCUAUGUCUUCGGCUCGUAACAAUGUUUAGUGCAAAUUCUAAACGUUGCGGUGUUAUUUGUAUGUUAUAGAAAAUAUAUUGAAUUUAUCAAAACGA